AUGAGAACCGCAUUCAUCUCCCUCCUCGCCAUGACCGGUCUUUUCACAACUUCUCUCACCUUCCCAACCACCAUUGAAAUCUCAUCCCGUGCCCCCACAAACGCAACCGAUAUCAUGAACAAUUUCUACACCGAAGUCCAAACCCACACCGGAACCAUCAACUCCACCCUCACCAGCAUAACCUCCUCCAGAAGCAUCUCCCAGAACCGCACCGCCCAAGCCGCCAUCUCAGAAGCAGUAACAAACAUCAUCACCGCCGCCCCCACCGCCAACACCGCUCUCAAAACCACCAAGCGCGAUCUCUCAGCUCGAACAUACUCCCCCCAAGACCAACAAAUCAUCAGCGGUACAUCCGCCAAUGCCAUUACAUCGAUUGCCGGAACCCUGGGUCUCGUGCAAAACACAUUUGGAGGAGUGUAUACCGGUGGACUUAUCGGUGGGUUGGUUGGUGCCUUGAGUUUGGUGUUGGGUACUCUAGAUGCGAUUGUGGGGGGUGUGAUUAUGCUUGCGGGGGCUUUGUGGUAG